AUGAACAACUUUGGUGUCUUUGAGGUCGCGAGCGCAAAGACCACCAACGCCCCGGGUUGGGCUUACGUGCCUGACACGGGGCAUCGACCGACGCCGACCCUUGCGCCGACGAACCGAAAACGAGCGAGGAACACUGCUCCAGGCCCGAGUCUGGGGGACUUGACAGCCCGGCAGGAAGCGAGGCUGCGUAAAGAAGUCGAUGCCUUGAUGAACGAUGGGAAUAGAGAUAACACAAUUCCUCUACCGGGGAAACGAUCACAGGGCAAGACUAGCGCGACGAGGAAGAUCCUGCAGUCGCAAAAAACAUUUGCGAAUCACCUUGACGAUUUCCAUGCCAUGCAGCAGGCUGAGGCCACGGCAGCCGCCACAGCGGCAAGCAGCAAGCGAGGCUCGACCCUGAAGAAUCAAAUCGACAUGGACACGUCCAUGACCGACGCACCCACAGUUACAAAGCCACAUUCGCCGAUCCUCAAACCUCUUCUUACGCCUUUCCCACCUCCUCACCCUGGCGACGACGAUCCGCUGCUCAUGUCACGAGUGCCAUCCGUUCCGUCGGACGAAGAAAUCCGAGCUCUGUUAUCACAUCCGCCUUUGACGUACCUUGAAGCCAGGGGUACCUGGAACGGCAACGAUGCGGGGAAACCACCCAUACGAGUAUUUUCGCUCUAUUUCAUCAUGGCGUCCGAACAAGUCGAUCCUCCCAAGCCGGCAGAGGGCGCACCUGCGCAGGACCUUCCAGUCCGACAGGACAAGCCCAAGAAGGAGAAGGCGCCCAAGGCCAAGGGCAAGCCUGGAGUCGAGCUUUUUGAACUGCCCGAAUACAUCCAACACCGCCUCGACGUCUUCAACCGUAUCAAGGAGCGAGCCGACGCCGAGAUUGCAGCCAAGCCGCGCGAGGAGAUCACCAUCGCACUGCCCAAUGGCAAGGAGGAAAAGGGCACUGCUUGGGAGACGACCCCGGGAAGUAUUGCCAGGAACCUCUCCAAAUCGUUGUUCGAACGCACUGUCAUCUCUACUGUCGACGGCGAACUCUGGGACCUGACCAGGCCAUUGGAGAAGAGCUGCAAGCUGGAGCUGCUCGACUUUGAGCACCCUGAGGCGAAGAAGGUUUUCUGGCACUCGUCGGCUCACGUUCUCGGUGAGGCCUGCGAGAGGCGCUUCGGGUGCUACCUCUGCAAUGGCCCUCCAACCACUGAGCCCCCUGGCUUCUACUACGAUAUGGCGAACAUGGGAGACAAAGUUGUUGCCGACGAGGACAAGAAGGCACUGGAGACCAUUGCCAACUCCAUCGUCAAAGAUAAGCAGCCCUUCGAGCGUCUCGAGAUGACCAAAGACGAGCUCCUCGAGAUGUUCAAGUACAGCAAAUACAAGGAGUACUUCAUCAACCAGCGUGUUCCCGACGGCACCAAGAGCACUGUAUAUCGCUGUGGUCCCCUGAUCGAUCUGUGCCGUGGUCCCCAUGUGCCCACCACUGGCAACAUCAAGGCGUUCUCCGUCCUCAAGAACUCGGCUGCGUACUGGCUCGGAAAUAGCGACAACGAAUCUGUGCAGCGUAUCUCUGGUAUCUCGUUUCCUGACAAGAAGGCGCUCGAGGAGUACAAGACGUUCCUCGCCGAGGCUGCGAAGCGCAAUCACCGCAAGAUCGGCCAAGAUCAGAAGCUCUUCUUCUUCGAUGAAAUGUCGCCGGGCUCUACAUUCUGGCUACCCCACGGCACCCGUAUCUACAACACUCUGCUCAAGCUCAUGCAAGAGCAAUACGCGAAACGGGGCUUCCAAGAGGUCAUGUCGCCCAACAUGUACAAGUCGGAUCUCUGGAAGACCUCGGGCCACUGGGGCCACUAUGCCGAGAACAUGUUCACUUUCGAAGUCGAGAAGGAGACCUACGGCUUGAAGCCUAUGAACUGCCCUGGCCACUGUAGGAUCUUUGCACACUCCGACAUCACAUACAAGGACCUGCCGUGGCGCAUGGCCGACUUUGGUGUCUUGCACCGAAACGAGUUCUCUGGAGCUCUGUCGGGUCUGACCCGUGUGCGUCGUUUCCAGCAGGACGACGCUCACAUUUUCUGCACAGUGGAGCAGAUUCGCCAAGAGAUCGGGGGCGCUUUCGACUUUCUGUACGCAGUCUAUGGUCUCUUUGGCUUCGAGUUCAAGCUGAAGCUCUCCACUCGCCCAGAAAAGUACAUUGGCGACAUUGGAGUCUGGAACAUGGCCGAGGACAAGCUGCGACAGGCUCUGGACUCAUUCGUGGAGAAGAUUGGCAGCAAGUGGGAGGAGAACCCUGGUGAUGGUGCUUUCUAUGGCCCCAAGAUUGACAUUACAGUGUACGAUGCGUUGAAGCGCGAGUUCCAGUGCGGUACCAUCCAGCUUGACUUCAACCUCCCCAACCGGUUCAAGCUUCGUUACCUUGCUUCCAAGGAUGAGGUGCUGUCCGAAAGCGCAGUCAAGGACCCGGAAUUGCCCGCGGGAUACGGUCGUCCGGUGAUGAUUCACCGUGCGGUCCUGGGUUCGUUUGAGCGCAUGAUUGGCAUCCUGACAGAGCACUUUGCCGGCAAGUGGCCCUUCUGGCUGAGCCCCCGCCAGGUCAUGGUCGUCCCCGUGAUGCCAAAGAUGAACGACUAUGCGCUGGAGGUCCAGAAGAUCUUCAGUGACAAGGGCAUCUUCAUCGACGCCGACACAAGCGCCAACACGCUGCAGAAGAAGAUCCGUACAGCACAGCUGGAACAGUACAAUUACAUCUUUGUUGUCGGCGCAGAAGAGGAGAACGCCCGCACAGUCAACAUUCGCAACCGUGACGACCAAGCCACCCAGAAGCUGGGCGAGAUGAUUGCCAUUCAAGAUGCUCUUGAUGGCAUGCUCAAGCUCAAGGAAGAGAGGCGUCUGGGGAACAAAUUUUAA